UCCGCCUCCUCACCGAACUAAAAGAAGGAGCAGCCGCUCCUCUCCCCCACUGACACUAACGAUGGGCACUAUUCCUCCCACUGACACCAACGAUGGGGCACUAUUCCUCCCACUGACACCAACGAUGGGGCACUAUUCCUCCUCCCCACUGACACCAAUGAUGGGGCACUAUUCUCCCCACUGACACCAACGAUGGGGCACUAUUCCUCCUCCCCACUGACACCAAUGAUGGGGCACUAUUCUCCCCACU